AUGCAAAAGCCGAUUCAAAAAAGCGCUCUCAUUUUUUCCCUCUUCAUUCUAGCAAUUUUGGCCGAGACAGUGUUCUCGCAAAACUGCAUGGAUACUAGUUGCCCUGGCCUUAAGGAAUGUUGCAGCAGAUGGGGGUUUUGUGGCACCGGUGCCGACUAUUGCGGAUUCUUUUGUUUCAGUGGCCCUUGCAACAUCAAGGGAAAAUCUUACGGAUAUGACUACAACGUCGAUGCAGGUCCACGUGGUAAAAUAGAGACCGUUAUCACACCAGCGUUGUUCGAUAGCAUCAUGAGCAAAGUCGAAAGUAACUGCACGGCAAAAGGAUUCUACACUUAUAAUGCUUUCAUCACUGCUUUCAAAUCAUUUGGAGCUUACAAAGGAAAGGUGGCUAGACGCGAGAUCGCUGCCAUAUUGGCUCAUUUCUCGUAUGGAUCUAAAAAUUUUUGUUACAAAGAAGAAAUAUCCAAAGAGAGGUACUGUUCAAAGAGCAAGAAGUACCCUUGCGAACCGGGGAAAAACUACUAUGGCCGUGGUUUGCUACAAUCAAUCACAUGGAACGAGUAUUAUGGUGCUGCAGGCAAGCACCUCGGACUACCUUUAUUGAAGGAUCCAGAUCUGGUGGCUCGUAGUCCGGAAGUUGCUUUCAAAUUCGCAAUGUGGUUCUGGAAUAGAAACGUGCGCCCGGCUUUGUACUUAGGAUUUGGAGAAAUCACAAAGAGAGUCGAUGGCCGUGAAUGUGGCAACUGGCGUCGUGAUGAUACGAAGAACAAGGUUAAGCAAUACAUAGAGUUCUGCGAGAUGCUUGGGGUCACCCCUGAUCAAGGUCUCGAUUGUUGAAGUCAUUAAUGCGAUGGCACUACGUUUAAAUUAAUGAAUACUGGACUAUAUAUGUAUAAUAA